AUGCCCCCAAACGAAACCAAACCUGGCGAACCUGCGCCUGUCGCACCUAUGCCCAUCACAUCCAAGUCCCUCUCUGUCUUUUUUGAUGAACACAGCAAACCUCUUAACUCCGAAGAAGCUUCUGGCCGCCCGAUCUUUUGUAUUGCCAAGGAGGGCAAGAUCAUCCUCGGUCCCCGCCCCCCUGUUGUUGAUCUUCCCACUCCUCUUUGCACAGACGACAACACAUGA